CUUUACCUGAAGAGUUCGCUAAUGUCAUUCCUUCUGUCAUUUCUGUUAGUGUUCUGUGAUUCUUGUCAGUUGUCAACUUUGUGAUUUGUGUUACUCUUUUUGUGGCCGUAUCGAAUACGAAAAGGUUUGUUUCCAUUAAUAUUUCUACAAUCCUGUGAUAUUUACUGAAAUUUUUCGUUUUAAAACUUUACCUAAGAUUUACUUUGUUCAUUGUUCAUCGUAUUGACAAGCUAUUAUAACGCGGUUCUUUGAUUUCAGGCCACUAAAAUGGGUCGGCGACCAGCCAGAUGUUAUCGUUACUGUAAAAACAAACCAUACCCAAAAUCGCGUUUCUGUCGCGGUGUUCCCGACCCGAAGAUCCGUAUUUUCGACCUUGGUAAGAAAAAGGCGUACGUAGACGAUUUCCCUCUUUGUGUACACUUGGUGUCUGACGAAUAUGAACAGCUCAGCUCCGAAGCCCUCGAAGCAGGCCGUAUCUGUUGCAACAAAUACCUGGUCAAGAACUGCGGUAAAGAUCAGUUCCAUAUCCGUAUGAGGCUUCAUCCUUUCCAUGUUAUCAGGAUCAACAAGAUGUUGUCAUGUGCUGGAGCUGAUCGUCUCCAGACUGGUAUGAGAGGUGCCUUUGGCAAACCCCAAGGAACUGUGGCUCGUGUGCACAUCGGCCAACCCAUCAUGAGCGUUCGCAGCAGCGACAGAUUCAAGGCAGCGGUCAUUGAAGCACUGCGUCGUGCCAAGUUCAAGUUCCCCGGUCGCCAGAAGAUCUAUGUUUCCAAGAAAUGGGGCUUCACCAAGUACGAUAGGGAGCAAUAUGAAAAGCUGAAGGCUGAGGGCAGGUUAGCUCCUGAUGGCUGCAAUGUGCAGUACAGGCCUGAGCAUGGGCCGUUGGCCAACUGGAAGAAGGUCCAGGCUGACCUUGUCUCUUCUUAAGUGUUGUCUUCGAGUUUUCAAUAAAUUUAUUUAAAUAAAUUUUUUGUGUUUUGUCUUGUUCCC